GUGAGCUGCCAUGACUCUCAAGGCAUGGACGCACACACACCAAGGCGAGCAGCUGGUUGAGAGGGGGUGGACCCAGAACACGGCAGAGUUUUGGGUGGAGGAGCGCUAGGUGUAGGCUGAGUGGAGUGGAUGCCUUGAGACUUGGGUACUUUGGUCCUCUUUGAUGUUGCUAUGCGUGCUUGCUCGGUGAACCUAGCAAUGAGCUCAUGGGCAUCGUUGCGCGCAUGCAUGUGGUACUUGUUGUUUGUUAACUUGGAUGCGUACCCCUUGACUAGGGAUUACCCGUCGAAAAGCACGUUUACUAUGCAUGCGUAGAUGCUGGUUCAAAGUUACAAUAGAAAAACACACACACACACACGAGCUCGGCUAGAUGUUGCACGAUCUAUCAAGGUCCCUACCCCCUAAACAAUCUAUUGAAAGUCUCAAAUUGCCACCACGCUGCCGGGAACACAAGCUGGCCUUCAGUAAACCCUUAGCUCUCCAAAAUAGCGAUGUAGCAAGACUUUUCAAAAUCUUCAUAAGAAAAGAAACCCUUUUGGCGAGUCGAGUCGAGCCGAGCCGAGCCAAAGUCAAGCCGACCCUUGGCUCGACCAUGAACCCCCGAGUCGAGCCAACCAUUUUGGGGCAGCCGGCUUGGGUCGAGUCGAGUCGGCUCGGCUCGAAUUUUACCUGGCUCAAGGUCGAGUCGAGCCAGGCUCGGCAUGCUGCCCAUGUCUAAAUGGGGUGCAUGGCGCGUCGGCGCCAGACUGGACCCAUUCCAGUAUGGGUUUGCCGAUGUCGAGUGAGUCUAGAUCGUGAACUUACAGCAAAGUGGGUUCUAUGCGGAUGUCCCUGCGGCAAAGUAGGGCUAGCGAGACUCUGGUUGAUUCCCAGCACAUGGAUUGAUUCCUGCCAGUCUGUGGAAGCUGCCGCUAGCUGCUAGGCAGCUUCCAUAAACUGGCAGCAGCUACUCGAGUCGAGUGUAACAAUGGCUUGCUCACUCACUCUGUCCCUGCUUUACUUCCACGGGCUCAUUGGAGGCAUCGAAGGACAUGUCUGCCAUUUGCUUAUCCUCGUCCCCAUCAUUAAAAAAAUCUCCUUUUGCCCCCUUUCUUCAUUACCAACCAUCUCUGUUUUUGCCCCCUUUCUUUCGUUCCUCUCCCCUUCUCUCCUCUGUUCCUAGGUUCCGUAAAUUCCUUCUUCCUUCGUCCCUACUCUCCGUGUUUCCCUCCAUUUUCUUCAUGCCUGCCUUCCUAUAGUUUCUUUUACCUUAGUCUCACCUUCUCUCUCUCCUUCCCAGCCCAUUCCGUUGUGAGCCUUUUCAUUUUUUUCCACUCGUUUUGCUUGCACUAUCUCCUCUUCUUUCUGUACACAGCGUCUCUUGUCCUCACCUCACGUCAUCGCCACUCCCUCCUUCCUUUUUGUUCAUCCCUUGUCUCCUCCCCUCUUCCAUGCUGCCCCCAUUUCUUUGACAAACCUUGGACCAGGAGAGAAAGACCCCCAUUCUAAAUUCUCCCACCCCAUCUCUUGCUAUUGUCUGCACACAUCUCGGAGGCAAUGUUCACCACGCUCCCAUUGUGCUUCUCUUGUAUUGUCUGGGUUAGGAUAGUCUCCUUUCUACCAUAUGCUUGCGUGCAAACCUUGAACUCUCUGCGAUUUUCCACGGCAUGUCGUGUUCAUCAUCUCAGAUAUCUUGUUGGCAAUCAGCUCAUUGGCUCAAUCCCUGAUACGAUUGGCAACCUUUCAAACCUGAAUGCCCUAUACCUUCAAGAAAACCAACUCACUGGGUCAAUCCCUGCUGCAGCUGGCAACCUUUCAAACCUGGAAAGACUGGAUCUGAGUAGAAAUUACUUCACUGGCACAAUCCCCGACGCAAUUGGCAAUCUUAGAAACCUGCUGGUGCUGAGCAUACUUGGCAACCAGCUCUCUGGAACCAUCCCUGAUUCCAUCAGCUCCCUCACAAACCUGGAAUGGAUGUUUAUGGAGAGCAACCAGCUCUCUGGAACCAUCCCUGACUCCAUCAGCUCCCUCACCAACCUAGUCGCAAUAUAUGCCCAAGCGACUUGGCAGUAAUCGCUUGACAGGGCCAAUCCCUCCAUCCAUCAGCACAUUGAGGAAACUUAACCUACUACGUCUGUCACAGAACGAGCUGGAAGGCGACAUACCAGAAAGCAUAUUCACACUAAAACUGCAAACUCUGGAUCUAAGCAUGAAUGAGUUCACAGGACCAAUUUCUUGGUCAGUAGGCAAUUGUACCAAGCUAAACGAGCUGAACCUCCGUGGUAAUCGUCUUAGCGGAACGAUUCCUAAUACAAUCGGCAAUCUACAUGCUUUGACCUACCUUGAUCUCUCGCAAAACUACCUCAUGGGCCCCCUUGUGAAACUCUCAGCAUUCAAUGUGGACCUUUCUAACAACUACUUGUCUGGUGUUCUGCGUAAACCAAACUGCCGUCGACACAAUCUUGCUGCCAAUUGCUUUAAAUUGAAGAAAGGUUGUCACUCGAAGGUACAACGGCCGGCAGCAGAGUGCAAAGCUUUUUGUGGCAUCGCCCACACCACUGCUGCUUGUGGUGGUCGUGGCAUCUGCUAUCCAGACGGGCCCAGCUUGGUGCCAACAUGCUUGUGCAAACCGGGAUUCGUGGAGUUUGUAGGAAUCGACUGUGCUGAGGAAGGCUGGAACCGAAGCAAGCCUAUUGUCCCCCCAUUCACUGUGCUCACCAAGGGGACGCAAAAGGAGUCACAGGGAAAAUUCAUCGCAAACCCGGUGAUCCUGUUUGCUAACCCAGCUGGUCCGAGCCUUGGAUGUGGUGUGGAGUUGGCUUUCAGUGUCAGCUUCACCUUCUCCCUUAUUCCGCAGUCUGGUACCUUUGGGUCAAAUGGCUUUGCAUUUGUGAUCUCGGCAAAGGCCAAGGUGGGGAACCCUGAUGGUGUAGGGUAUGGUGGGGUGGAGACCCGGAGUGUCGCCAUUGAAUUUGACACACGUUGGAAUGAUAAUCACGGUGAUAUAAACUCACAACACGUGGGGCUGAACGUCAAUGGCAUGGAUCAGUCCUUGGUUGCUGAGGUGUCACCAUUCACACUGAACGACGGCAGUGCAUACACAGCAUGGGUGGAUUAUGAGCCUGGGGAUCCUGGGACCAUUCGGGUGUUCCUGGCUAAUUUAAAUGUGAAACCAGAGGAGCGGAGCUCGCGGAGUACGUCAGGCACGGUAGGUGCCUGGCGUGUCGCUGACCGGCGCGCGCUCACCGUCCUCCUCGCCACCAUUCCUCCCACCCUCAAGCGCGAGCUUGCUUCCACCUCCUCCUCCCACCUCUGGCGCCUCCUCACCGAUCUCUAUGAUCGGCAAGACGUCGCCACCCUCUACUCCCUCAUCAAGGAGUUCCAGAGCCUCACCAUGAACUCUACCACCGGCGCAGCUGCCUUCACGCGUCGCGUCCUCGACCUCGCUCGGCGCUUGGCGGCUCUUGGCGUGCCGUACCCGGACCCAGUGCUCUGCUGCCACCUCCUUGAAGGCUUGACUCCUGACUUCGACACCCAUAAGAUCGCCUACAUGCAGCUGAUCGACAAGCGCAUCACCCCGGCUGAAGUCGCCCAGUGGAUUAUCACCACCGAGGCCGACCUCUUGCGCUAUUCCUCCUCAACUGCCGCUAUUGCUCAGCAGCGCAACACCAGGGGAGGGCGUGGGGCCACAGGCAGUGUGACUCCUUUCCCCUCCUCUGGUUUUGUUGGCAUGGUUAGUCAGGCUGGAACCCCCGCCCCUUCCAUGUAUUCGGCUGCUAUUAAUGAGAAUGUGAUUCAGUACUCCGUCCCAUCUCCUCCCCCACAUCCUCCCCCCUCCACCACGCUGGACUUUGUCCUUGACAGUGGAGCCACCGAGUCCGUCCUUUGUGAUGCUGGUACCCUUCACCUUCUCCCAGCCCCCACCUCCCUCCUUGGUGCCGAUUCCAGCUUCUCUAUUCCCUGUCGCCACACCUCUACCCUCCCCUGUCCCCUCUUCCCCUCAGGUACCGUUACUGGUUUACACAUCGCCUCCCUCUGUACUAACCUCCUCUCCCAGCGAUCCCUGCAGCAGGCCGGUAUCACCACCGUCUUCCCAGGUCGCGCUAAUCACUGCCUCCUAUACCAUCCCACAGCCCUCCUACCCAUCUCCCCUGACCUCAGCGGCACACCAGUCUUCGCCUUCUCCUCCGCCCCCACCAUCUUCGUCCCCGCCACGUACGAGGAGGCCAUGGCGUGCCCUGACGCUCACCUCUGGCUCGCGACCAUCCUCAAGGAGUUGGAGGCGUUUAUUGCCAACUCCUCCUUUGUGGAUGUGCCCCGCCCUCCCUCUACCACGAACAUGGUCAAAGGGAAGUGGGUGUUUCGAGUGAAGCAGCUUCCUGGCGAGCCGUCGGUCUACAAGGCCCGCUACGUCGCCAAGGGCUUCACCCAGCGCUACGAUGUCCACUUCUUCGACACCUUCUCUCCCACCGCCAAGCCCGCUACCAUUCGCGCAGUCCUCGACCUCGCCGCUCGCCUCAACAUGGAGAUUCACUCCAUGGACGUCUCCAACGCAUUCCUCCAAGGGGUUUUGCGCAAGCUCAUUUACAUGGAGCGUCCUGCAGGCUUCCACCUCCCCUUUCCUUCCGACUCUGUCUGGCAGCUGCGUCGACCAGUCUAUGGGCUCAAGCAGGCACCAAGGGAGUGGCAUGCCAAGCUUGCUGCCACCCUCGCCGAGCUUGGCUUCAGCACCUCCCGCGCCGACCCGAGCCUCUUCCUCCGCACCUCCCCCUCCCCCUUCUACAUCCUCGUCUAUGUCGACGAUAUGAUCCUCAUCACUGCCGACUCCGUUGAGCUUGAGCGCGUCAAGCGUGAGCUUGGCAGCCGGCUCAAGUGUAAGGAUCUAGGGGAGCUGCAGCACUAUCUCGGCAUGGAGAUUACCCGCGACCGUGCUGCUCGCACCAUCUCCCUCUCCCAGAGCCACUACCUACAGCAGGUCCUGGAGUGGUUCGACAUGGCUCGAGGCACCCCUCAGGUCACCCCUCUUCCUGUUGGGCACCACCUCACUCCCCUCACCUCCCCCUCCUCCUCCUCCCACCCCUACGCUGAGCUCAUCGGCUCUCUCAUGUAUGCCAUGGUCUCCACCCGCCCCGACCUGGCAUACCCCAUCAGUGUUUUGGCCCGCUUCGUUGGUACCGGCAAGCAUGAUGCCGCCCACUGGCAAGCGGCCAAGCGUGUCCUCCGCUACCUUCAGGGGACCAAGGACUACGUCCUUACCCUUGGCGGCCCCUCCCCUCCCCUCCUCACUGGCUACUCUGAUUCCUCUUGGGCUGACUCUAGGCCUGACCGCUGCUCCUCUCAGGGCUAUGGCUUCUCUCUUGGCAGCGGCCUCAUCAGCUGGCGCUCCACCCGCUCCUCCUCCAUUGCCCUCUCCUCCUGCGAAGCAGAGCUGUAUGCCGCUACCAUGGCUGCGCAGGAGGUCCGCUGGCUCACCUUCCUUCUUGAGGAGCUUGGUGCACCUCAGCGCUGUCCCACCAUCUGGUGCGACAACGCCAGCACAAUCCACCUCACGAAGGAUGCUGUGUUCCACGGGCGCUCCAAGCACAUUGAGCUUCGCCACUACUUCAUUCGCGAGCUUGUGCAGGGUGACCACCUCCAGCUGGGCAAGAUUGACUCUGCUGCCAAUCUUGCGGACACCUUCACCAAAGCCCUCCCCCACGCCGCCCACUCAUCCCUCCUUCGCCUUCUUGGACUCGCUCCCCCCAUUCCCUUGUCCGCCUCCUAAUUCAAGUCCUCUAGUCUUAUGCAUGUUGGGGGGUUGGGUUGUGUUGUAAAAUAUAUAUCUAUACAACAUGCAUGCCUAGAUUAGGAGGUGUAGUCAUUAUGAUUAUUGGGGGGUUGUUGGUUGGGUUGACCAGCCCCACAUUUGGGUUGGUCAAGAUUGGAUUUGGUCCUAGACAUUUGGUUGGCACUAUUUCAACCAAAUGGUCCUUGGGCCUAGGAACCAACCAAUCACCAAGCACCACACUUUGUGGUUGCUUGCCUUCCAAGCAAUCUCUCUCAUUGGUCCACAUUGUGGCCAAUCGGAGAGCACAACACUUUGUGGUUGCUUGCCCUACAAGCAACCUCUCCCAUUGGUCCGCUUUAUGGCCAAUAGGAGAGCUUCCCUUCCAACUCUUCCUUGCUCCUUGUUUUGUACAAAAAAGCCUCUGGGCUCCCUACUCAAUUCAAUCUUUUCUCUUCCAAGCUAGUUCCUUCAGUAGCAAACAGGGAGGUACCUAUGCUAAGAAAGGGGGGGGAACAUGGGCGUGGGCCCUGAACUUAGCAAAAAUUAGGGUUCUCUGGUUGUAAUGGCGUGCGGAAAUUAUGCGCGGCUGUUUGGGGUUGGCGUAAUUGACGGGGAGGUGUUUGUGAGGAGCUUGGAGAGGAAGGGUUGGAAAAUCUAGUUGAAAAGGAGUGCAGUGCGGUUGAGGGGAGGGAGUUGGUUGGAGGUUCAAAUUUUGACAUGGGCGGUGGUGGAUGGAAUGUGGUGGUGUGCGGUCAAAGGGAUUUAGGGGGUUGAUUGAAAUCUCGACCCCCACUAUGUCAAUUGGUUGGAAGUCCAACCAAUUUCCACCACUUCAACCACACUACAUUCCUCCACAUCCACUGAGUCCAACCCCUGCCCCUCUAACACGCUUUACAUCAGAGAGGGGCUACGAUAUCCCAUUCUCCCGUUAAACUUCACUCACCUAAUUCCUCGCACACCUAGGAAAGUCGGCCUUGUCGUUCUGCUUUUCUCCUCCGACCCCUAAAUGCGAUGCGAUAUUAA